CCCUCCCCCCCGGGACGCUGUGAUAUCAUCGCUUACCCCCUGUACUCUCCGAGUCCGAGCUUCUCUCCCACGAUUCAAUUCAAAUUCCGUGCUCAAAACCCAAAAUCUGAGCACCCAGUUUUGAAGCAGACCCGUUUGAUAUAAUUCAGAAUCCCAAGCUGCCAACGCACAGGAAAAGCAAAAGGAGAAUUCAUUGGAAAAGAAACGAAAAGAGAUAAAGAAAAGGUUCCUGGAAGCCCUUUCCGGAUUCUCGGUUGAUCAAAGGGAUUUUCAAAUCAAUCUUUGGCUCAGAAAGAAAUGCUUCGCCGUGUUGAUUUCUUGCGGAUUCGUUGCUUCUGCUUCCCUCCUUGUCGGAAUUAUACAAAGAUUACAAGUGGAGUGAAGCAUCAUGACGAGUCGGAAUAGGAUCCACGAGGGGAGGAGGGCUCGGAUAGCUCACAAGUUUGGGAAGAUCAUGAAAUGUAUUUCCUCAGGAGAGCAAUCAAAAUUAGAUGAAAUGGCUCAAUCUGAAUCCAUUUCAAACAAGGAUUAUAAAGGGAGUGGCUUGUCUCAGGUGGGUGAGAUUGAACGAAAGCUAGACACUGGCAACGUUGAGGAAGCUGAAUCCUCUCUGCGGGAGAGUGGUUCUUUGAAUUACGAGGAAGCAAGAGCAUUGUUGGGACGAUAUGAAUAUCAGAAGGGAAACAUUGAAGCUGCCUUACAUGUAUUUGAAGGCAUAGAUAUUGCUGCAGUGACUCCAAAGUUGAAACUCACCCUCGCUAGACAAGGGGAACGACAUAGGAGACGUUCACAAAGUGAUGCCACCCCCCUACCUAUGUCUAUACACGCUGUUAGUUUAAUAUUGGAAGCAAUGUUUCUUAAAGUGAAGUCAUUACAGGCUCUUGGGAGGUGUAAAGAAGCUGCUCAAUCAUGCACAGUUAUUCUGGACAUCGUUGAAUCUUCAUUUCCAGAAGGCUUGCAUGAAAACCUUGUUCCUGACUGUAAAUUGCAGGAGACUCUAAACAAGGCUAUUGAGUUGCUUCCUGAAUUAUGGAAACUUUCUGAUUCUCCAUCUGAAGCAAUCUUGGCAUACCGGCGGGCCCUUCUUCAUCAGUGGAACCUUGAAGCACAAACUACAGCAAAGAUUCAAAAAGAGUUUGCUGUUUUUCUUUUGUACAGUGGAGGGGAAGCUAACCCUCCAGAUCUUCGUUUCCAAAUGGAUGGUUCGUUUGUACCUAAAAACAAUAUAGAAGAAGCUAUUCUUCUAUUGAUGAUUCUGUCAAGAAAAGUUUCUCUCAAAAGAAUUGACUGGGACCCAUCAAUAAUGGAUCACCUUUCAUAUGCUCUAUCCAUAUCAGGAGAACUAAGGGCAUUAGCUAAUCAAAUGGAAGAAUUACUUCCAGGGAUCAUGGACCGUAAAGAAACUUAUCUCAAACUUGCUCUCUGUUAUUACGGAGUUGGAGAGGAUUUGGAUGCUUUGAAUUUGCUGAGGAAAUUGCUGAAGAGUUCAGAGGACCCAUAUUGUGUUCCGGCUUUAUUACUGGCUUCCAAGAUUUGUGGGGAAAACCCCAAGUAUGCAGAAGAAGGGACAAGUUUUGCUGGCAGAGCCAUUGGAAGGUUGCCAAGAAGAUGCAAUCAGAUGGUAGGCACUGCCAACUGUCUUCUGGGGAUCUCACUUUCAGCUCAUUCUAGAUCAAUUUUGGCUGAUAAUGAGAGGGUCAAUAAAGAAUAUGAGGCACUUCAAUCCUUGGAAGAAGCAGCAAGAAUAACAAGAAUGAAGGACCCCAACAUUGUUUACCAUCUCAGCCUGGAAAAUGCUGAGCAGAGAAAAUUGGACGCUGCACUUUAUUAUGCUAAACGCUUACUGAAGUUGGAAGCUGGUGCUAAUCUUAAAGGGUGGAUAUUGCUGGCUCGUAUAUUAUCUGCUCAGAAACGGUUUUUGGACGCUGAAACCGUCAUAAAUGCUGCUUUAGAUCAGACUGGCAAAUGGGAUCAAGGAGAAUUGUUGCGAACUAAAGCUAAACUUCAAAUUGCUCAGGGUCAGUUAAAGAAUGCUAUCAAAACGUACGCAGAGCUUCUCGCAGUUCUUCAAGUUAUGAACAAAAGCUUUGGAUCUGCAAAGAAGCAUUUGAAGGGAAAUAAUGGCGACCACAAUAGCAUUCUGGAAUUGGAAACUUGGCAUGAUCUGGCUCGUGUCUACAUAAGCUUGUCACAGUGGCGUGAUGCUGAGAUCUGUCUUUCCAAAUGUGAAGUGAUUAGCCAUUAUUCUGCUUCUACGUGGCAUGUCGCAGAUUUUGCAGGGUCCCUUUACCAAGCGAAGGGCCUCCACAUGGAAGCCGCGAAAGCUUUUUUGCAUGCCUUAGAUGUUGAACCCGCCCAUGUUCCUAGCCUGAUCUGCAUGGCAAUGGCUCUCAGGCAGCUGGGUGGUCAUUCUCCGGCUAUUGUCAGAAGCCUUCUGACAGAAGCGCUACGGCUGGACAGGAUGAACAGUUCUGCUUGGUAUAACCUCGGCCUGGCUUACAAAGACGAGGGGGCUGCAUUGGCACUGGAAGCUGCCGAGUGCUUUGAGGCCGCGACAAUUCUUGAAGAGACUGCGCCGGUUGAACCAUUCAGUUCAGAUGACCCCCCUCUUGUCUCUUUUUGAAUCCUCUACUCGACUCCAACAGGCAACAGCUGGCAGACAUCGGCCAUCUUCUUGAACGAACUGCCUGCCUCCCGGCCUCCUUUUGUAUUCUAGUGAACAAUUCUGGCUUGUUUGUCUGCUGACAGACAUAGACAUAGACAAUAGUUUUUGCCGGCUUGUAUACAAACUUGUGUUGGGUACAAAUCAGACACACGCACGCACACUUACUUUGCUCUCCUCCUGCCUCCUGGGAGCUAAAACAUUUUUCAAUGGAAAAGAGAAGAAAGAAAUUAUAUGAUUCA